AUGCCCAGCACCUCGCCCUCACCCUCCCCUCCCCCCAAGCCCCCAUCCCCCUCACCCCCGGCCCCCGCGCCAACGCCCUCUGCACCGUCUACGAAAAAUCUCUCGCCUCCGCCUUGCACACCAUAUCCUACCCCGCCUUCUCCUCCUGUUUCCCCUCCAUCUCGCGCAAUGCGCCGGAAGCGCUCAAAGCCCCCCCACACCCUCCCCGCGCCCUCCAUCCUCGCCGCCCAUCUCACCCCUCUCUACACAACCCAACAAUCGCAACUCAACGCCAAACUCCAAACGACACAAUCGCAAAAUGCGAGUCUCGCAGACGAGAUCCAGAAACAGAGAGAGGAGAUUGAGAAAUUAGUGAGAGGGGUUGAAAUUGUCGUGGAAGAUUUGGAUCGCGCGAAUGAGGUUAUAGAUCGGGAGGUGGAUGGACUGGGGAAGGAGGCUCUGGAAGCGGAAAAUGUGUUGAGGGAUGCGUAG